AACAAGAGUGUAUGGAGCGCGACUGUGUUGGUCUGACCCAGUGUGUGUGUGUGCGACUGUGUUUUUAAUGAGUGUGUGUGCCCAUAAGCAGCUGGCAGAGGUGACAUUCAUCAGUUUGACUCGUUUGGAAUAAAUGAAAAGCUUCAAAUUCGGGAUAUUUACAUGAACCAGAUGCCCUGUGUACAAACCCAGUAUGCAUCCCUGCCCCAUGACACUUACUUCAGCUCUGAGUUCUUGAAUCCUGACCUCAGUGCCAAACUGAUGAUGGACAUCAGUGGCCAAAAGGACCAGCUGUCUACUUCUUCGUUGCCUAGCAUAAACACCUUGGUGGGAAAUGGCUACAUGGGGGAGUUUGAUGCGUAUUCCUGCAAGAUUACCACCUCUCCACCCGCCUCUACAGUUUCAUUCAACCAUGCCGCGGUAGCUGAAAACUCCUGCCCUCAGAUGCAGAGCCAAGCCUUCAAGCUGGACGAUCUCCAGGUGUAUGGCUGUUACCCAGGAUCCUUCGCGCUCAGCUGCCUUGAUGAGACGCUGUCGUCAUGUGGCUCUGACUACUACGGCAGCCCAGUUUAUGCUGCCGCGUCUCCUCCAACGCCGGGCUUUCAGGCCCAGUCUGCACCUGUCUGGGAUUCCCCUUUCAGCCCCUACCCCUCAGCCCCCCCGGCCUCUGUGGCUGAUAAGGCUGCCAUGGCGCAGCAGCUCUCCUUCUUCACCUUCAGCCCCGCACCAGAGCAGCACUCUCCCCUAGGGCAGCAUCAGGAUGUUCAGCCAGGCCAGGACGACUCUUUCUUCCUGCCUCCUCAGCAGCAUGUCUCUCCACUUCAUUGUCCCCCCAUGUCAUUGGAGCACAGACCCCUGGAAAGCCCCAGGAUAGUAGAGGGGGGCAUGGCGUCUCCUAAAUCCCACAACCCGGGAUCCAGUGAUGGGCGCUGUGCAGUUUGUGGUGACAAUGCAUCCUGUCAGCACUAUGGAGUCCGCACCUGUGAGGGCUGCAAAGGUUUCUUCAAGCGAACCGUACAGAAAAAUGCAAAGUAUGUGUGCCUCGCCAAUAAAGACUGUCCGGUGGACAAGAGGAGGAGAAACCGCUGCCAGUUCUGCCGUUUCCAGAAAUGUCUCGCAGUGGGAAUGGUCAAAGAAGUUGUUCGCACAGACAGCCUCAAAGGUCGUCGGGGUCGUCUGCCCUCCAAACCCAAGACUCUGUCUGAGGCUUCAUCCACGACCCCCAGUGUCAACAUCAUAGCCUCUCUUGUGAGGGCCCACUUGGACUCAAACCCAACCAUUGGAAAGCUGGACUACUCCAAGUACCAGGAGACAGUGGACAACCUGAAAGAAAAGGAGGAUGCCGGUGAUAUCCAGCAGUUUUAUGACUUGUUGACCGGUUCUUUGGACGUAAUAAGAAACUGGGCCGAAACCAUCCCAGGAUUCACUGAUUUCUGCACAGAAGACCAGGAGCUGCUGGUGGAAUCUGCCUUUGUCGAGCUCUUCAUUCUGCGACUAGCAUACAGGUCAAAUCCAGACAAGAACAAGCUGAUCUUCUGUAACGGCUUGGUCCUCAACCGACUGCAGUGCGUUCGCAGUUUCGGUGACUGGAUCGACUCCAUCAUGGAUUUCUCCCACAGCCUGCACCGCAUGAACUUAGACAUCUCCUUGUUUGCCUGUCUUGCAGCGCUAGUUAUCAUCACAGAUCGCCAUGGCCUAAAAGAGCCCAAACGGGUCGAGGACUUUCAGAAUCAUCUCAUCACUUCUUUAAGGGAACAUGUGAGCGGAAACGGAUCAGAACCAAGCCGCGCCCAGCCCAAUUAUCUUUCUCGUCUUCUGGGCAAACUCCCCGAACUGAGGACUCUAUGCACACAGGGCCUACAGCGCAUCUUCUACCUAAAACUGGAGGACCUGGUCCCCCCUCCACCGAUAGUGGAGAAGAUCUUUCUGGAUACUCUGCCGUUCUAAAAAAAA